UGCUGAAUCUUCAGGAUGGCCAUACAGUUCCGUGCAAUCUUCCCUUAGCCUUGCCUGGAGUGUUGGCCACUCAUCGGCUGGUGGUGGUUUUUCUCUCGAAAAAAAGAGCAUGUCAGCAGUCAUGACAGGCGCGGGGCCACAGCCCAAGAUCUUAGGACAGACACCCCCAUGGAGGAAUCCCUCUUGAGGGAAGAAGUCUGCUACACCAGAGUAGUGCCUUUGCCAUCAGAUGGUUCACUGCCUCCAGAAAAAGAGAUAGUAAAUGGGAAAUCUUCCAUGGAACUUGUCACUGUACCAUCACAGCCACAUCUGGUUCCAAGAAAAUCAGACUCUUCUAGCACCUUCUCUGGCACCGCAGACACAAAGCUCCGGCUGAGCUCACACAAGGAAGACGGUGGAAAAUUGGAAAAGGCAGCAUCUCAAGAGGAAACAAGGUCUUUUCCUAAAGAGUCUUCACUUCCACCUAAAGGAUGCUUUGAUCCCCAUGAAGCAAUAGAACCAAAACAAGACUCCCAAUUCAAUCGGAUACCUGGGAGAGGCUGGCCAGGCCAUUUGGAGGUUCCUUCUGAGCAUCAUGUCCCUUUGGGGAAGGUCAAGGAGACGAGUGGAAUAGAAGGAACAGGUGAUGCAGCCAUGGGAGAGAGUAUGUCUGAAGAAGGUGGUUUGUUCCAUGAUGUUGGUUCUGAUUUCAAGAACAGAAUUCCCAGACAGGAUGCCAUGAUGGAAGAAGAAAAAGGGAAGGAAAAUAGAUCUCGGGGAGUCAGGUCAGUGCAGAAGGAAGAGUGCCUGGGGAAAGUAUUGAAUAACUUCAUAGAGUCAACUCAAGUAGAAUUGUCACAGGAAGAAGAGGCACUGGCUCAUCAGGUCAGAGGAAGCAGAUCUGGAGAAGGUUACCUAGAUGGGGACCACCUCACAGGAGAGCUGAAGAAAGGAAGCCCUCUAGAGAUCAGAGAGGAUAUUGAGCAGGCAGCCAUGCAAAUCAUCAAAGUGAUCUUAGCAGCAAAGGAAGAAGUACUAGGGAAAACAGUGGGUGACCUUAAGCAACACAACUGUCAACCCUCGGUGAAUUGGAUUAGCCCAAUGGAAGAGGAGAGCUUUGCCCUAGCCAGCCAGAAACCUGUCUUGGGGCAGAACACUUCAGAUCUCAGCAGGGCUGUGAUUGAAGCACCGAUGAUGGCAGCAGGAGAGACAAUAGAGCUGGAAGUGGCCAGUUCCCGGCCUGGCCCCCAGGAAGAUGAUCUCACUAACAAGCAGAAGACCUAUGUGAGUUGUCUAAAGAACAGCCUCAUGUCUAAUGCUGCCCCUGAUGGCAAGCCAAAGAAUUCUGCCCAGCGUAUCUCCCUGGCAACAUGCCCACCCCAAGCCAUCCAGCACAGUGAGGCAUUUGAGGAGGCCAGCAUCAGGGUAGAGGAUACCAGCUGUGUCACCUGUAUGUCAGAGGACAGCCAGAGGGCUCAGUCAGUAUCCUCUUCUGGUAAUUGUUCAGAUUCUACAGGCACUUCUGGGCUAGAAGAUUCUUCCGUGGAGACCAGCCUAAGCCCCAGCAACAAGUCGCUUACCCCUCCACUGCUGGAAGGGACUGGGUCCUAUAGCAAUGGAGUGUUGAAAGGGGAAUCCUCUGACUUGGGGACAGAGGAUAGAUGGACCACAGAGACAGAGGCUGACCAGUCUGGAGCCUUGGUUGGCCGGCUAAUUGGCAAAACAGGGACGAUAUGUGAGUUACUGAAACAAACAUCUGGUGCCAAGAUCUACAUUUCAACACUACCUUAUACUCAGAACUUCCAGAUCUGCCAUAUAGAAGGGUCUCAGCAUCAUGUAGACAAAGCACUUAGUUUAAUUGGUAAGAAGUUCAAGGAGUUGAACCUGACCAAUAUUUAUGCUCCUCCACUUCCUUCACUGACUCUGCCUUCUCUUCCGAUGACCUCCUGGCUCAUGCUCCCCGAUGGUGUCACUGUGGAAGUGAUUGUGGUCAACCAGGUGAAUGCUGGGCACAUGUUUGUGCAGCAGCAUACGCACCCUACCUUCCACGCACUCCGAAGUUUGGACCAGCAGAUGUACCUCUGUUACUCUCAGCCAGGGAUUCCAACCUUACCUACACCAGUAGAAGUAGCUGUAAUCUGUGCUGCCCCUGGGGUGGAUGGAGCCUGGUGGCGUGCCCAAGUUGUUGCCUACUACAAAGAGAGUGAGGAAGUUGAGAUUCGUUACGUGGACUACGGUGGAUACAAAAGAGUGAAAACUGAAAUUCUUCGACAAAUCAGGUCUGAUUUUGUCACACUGCCAUUCCAAGGAGCAGAAGUCUUAUUGGAUAAUGUGGCGCCUCUGUCAGAUGAGGACCAUUUUUCACCAGAAGCGGAUGCAGCUGUCAAUGAAAUGACCAGGGGUACACCACUACUUGCUCAGGUCACCAAUUACAAUUCCACUGGCCUGCCUCUCAUACAGCUGUGGAGCAUGAUUGGGGAUGAGGCGGUGUCCAUAAACCGAACAUUGGUGGAAAGAGGACUUGCUCAAUGGAUAGACAGCUACUACACGAGCCUUUGAUAUCUACUCCCCAGGCAGCCACCUCCUGAAUCCUUUUUUUGCACUGUAUUAGAAUUGGGCUUGGCACUCAUGGGAAAGACUUGUUUCACAUCAGAAUACAAAAUGUUGUCCUACCCCCGUAAUAGUCAUUUUUUGGGCCAUAUUGUGGUCACUCUAAGGAAACAUAACCUCAUCUCUAUGGAAAACAGGGAUAUUUUUUCAAGCCACAAGGCCAUACCUUUACAACUCCCUAUUGUGGUUUCAAACUUAAAAAAACAACAACAACAACAACAAAAACCCCAUUUAAAACACCCCACAACUUAGGGACUGGUCUUAAAUGAAAUCAAAAUACUUUCUUCUCCCCUUCCCUCCCCCCAGAAAAAAGUCAUGGCUAUUCCUGUUUCAUGGGUACAAUAGCAUUUUAAGCAGAGCUGUGUUGCCUGCUUGAGAGAGAGAGAGAGAGAGAGAGAGAGAGAGAGAGAGAUUGUUUUACUUUUAAAGUCUGUUGUUCCUCAGCUCCUUAAGUCUGUGUGUCUAGUGUUAAUGUGAACAACCUGCUUCUUUAAAAAGUAGACUUUAUGACACUUCACCUAUCAUACACACCCUCCUCAAGGACUUCAUUUGUUCAUCAAUAGGAAACCAAACUUUGCAGAUGUUAAGUAUAGGACAACAGCCACAGUUUGGGCCUCUGGAGAUUUUUUUCCCCCCCGAAGUGGGGCCAGGAAGGUGGGCAAAGGAGAGAACUUGUCCGACUGCCAAGCCUAAUUGUAAUUUGUAACCAUUUUCUAUUUGUGCAAAGUCUGUAAAUAUAUAAAGAAAAAAUCACUGUAAUAUUUUGUACAAGAAACACUGGAGAAGAAAGGGAACUUGGCUUUUUUUCCACCCCUGAUAUCCUCGAUUAGGUAGACACAACUCGCUGUGCAUAGUCCUUCCAGCUGUCAUUCCCAAAGCUGCUUCUUGGCCAGACGCUUUCCGUCCUCCUAUGCACAGGAUGUCAUGAUCAGGAUUGCUGUAUGGUAUGGAUUGAGGAAUUCUUUGCUACUCUGCUGUACAGAUCUGUAAAAAAUAACCAAAUGAAAUUAAUAUUGCAGUGGUGUGUCUUUUUGAUUAAUUCUUUGCUCUUUUUAGACUGGCAAAAGAAUCGUGCAAUUUAAAAUUGUUAAAGUAAUUUAAGCUAACUUAAAACUUAUAUAAAAAAAUCCACGAAUUGUAUAAACCUCAGCCUGUUUUCUUGGGUGUGAAUGUAAUUGCUGAUGUGAGAGUGGUAGGGGUCGGAUGGGAAGCUUGUGAGCAAAGUUGAUCUGCCCAACUUUUUCCACUGAAAGUAGUGGGUAAAGUACCAUUUGCCCUAGGUCUUUUUAUGUACAAGCUAAUGAUAGUGUGCAACAUAAUGAUAGAUGAUGGUUCUGUUGGCUAAUAAGAACAGGUAAAACAGCAGACCCAGAGCCCAGGGAGGGCUCACUUUGGACCAGUGUUAAUUACCUUUUUGGAAAUCUCAUCUGAAUGAAAUCUCUUUUCUUUUUUUUAAUAGAUACACUUCAAUGGGUCUCUCUACUUUAUCUUAUGUGGUAUACCUCCAAAUAGCCAUUUCUACAGUGACUCCAUGGAAUGUCUGAAACUGCAGCAUAAUCAGAGAAAGUAGUGUUCUAUACUAAAGAAAGGUCAAGGUGCUUGUAAAAAAAAAAGAUUUUUAAAAAAUGGUUGAUACAAAAUCGUUCCUGUUACUCAUUAGAGAUGAGAGGGAACCUUUAGCGUAUCUUUUUUUGGGGGGGGGCAGGGCAAUGGGGGUUAAGUGACUUGCCCAGGGUCACACAGCUAGUAAGUGUCAAGUGUCUGAGGCUGGAUUUGAACUUAGGUCCUCCUGAAUCCAGGCCUGGAUUAUCCACUGGACCACCUAGCUGCCCCCCAAACCUUCAUCUUUUCUAAAAAGCAAUAGGAGAUCUAUGAACAGUUGUUAGUGAUUUUUCUGUUAGCCUAAGUAAAUAGAAGGAUAUGACAAUUUCAGCUUAGCCUAAAAAUCUAUUCCAUUUUUUCUGUAUGUCUUUCAUUAUCUUUUGUCUCUUCUAUCUGAAGGUAACAGAAGUUCAGUUUUAUUUACAUUUCUCUUCACUGGUGUUCAUAAUGAAAUAUUUGUAUUUAUAAUUUAAAAAAAAUGACCUAUAACAACCAAUAUGGCUUCCUAUAAGUACGCAACCCUGGCAAUAGACCUAUCUAUGCUCAGCCUAUCAAAGCAGAAGCCAAAGUAAUGGGUGAUGUUUAAUGAGACCAGAAAGGAGCCUGAUGAAUGAGGAGUCUCAUACAAAAUUUAAAUGUUAUGGUCCUUAUUCUUUUCAUCAUUUUAUUUUAUUUUAUUUUUUGGUGAGGCAAUUGGGGUUAAGUGACUUGCCCAGGGUCACACAGCUAGUAAGUGUCAAGUGUUUGAGGCCAGAUUUGAACUCAGGUUCUCCUGACUCCAGGGCUGGUGCUCUAUCCACUGUGCCACCUAGCUUGCCCCCUCUUUUCAUCAUUUUAAAGCAAAUUUUUUGGAAAUGGCAUGUUAAUUUCAGGAUGACCCUAAGUCAUUUGCUGGAUCUUGGGUGAAUAACUCUAGGAAGGUCAUAAUCCUGUAGUUCCUGUGGUUUAUUGGAAUUCCUUUUGGUUUCUCUUGAAUGAAUAAUGACAACCUUGAUGAGAUAAGCUCAAGUUGUUCUACCUUAAACCUAGGGGUGUCAGGGUCUAUGUAGAAAGGGUAAUGAGUGGUCAGCCUCCCAAGGGAGCAUUUCAUGUUCCCAACAUGAAAGUUACUAAAGCAGUUAGAGGCCUCAUAGGAAUUCCAUCCUCUGACCACCACAGGGAUUCCCUGAACUGAGACCAGUUGUUUAUAGUCAACAAUUCCUUUUGUGAUUGGCCAAGUUCUUGUCUCUGCCCUCACAACUCCAGCUUCCCAGGGAGAAGGCAGACAGAUUCUCAGCCUUGAUUGUGUUCCCAAAGUGAAAAGAUGUUGGACAAAGUGAAGUCCCACCCAGAACGAGACUGGUUCCUCUUCUGUCACACAGCUGAGGUGUUCUCUAGGUUCCCUGUGGUGGCAGGAGGUAUGCCCAGAGCACCCUGGCCUGCUGGACAUUAUCCAGGAGGCUAGUCUCAGUACAUUCUGUCUCAAAAAUCUGAGUGCAGUUUAAAGCUAGACUUUCAGGACACACUGUAUUAUAUAGUUGACUUUUCUGUUUUGAUAGACUAAAGGAUGAGAGUCUACCCAUGAGACUAUGUAACUGGACAAGCAAAACAAAUAGGUUGUUAAUAGGUUCUUAUUUACAUUUUUUUUAUUGUGAACUUAAAUAUCAACAAACAACAUUUUUUUUGCGGGGCAAUGGGGGUUAAGUGACUUGCCCAGGGUCACACAGCUAGUAAGUGUCAAGUGUCUGAGGCCGCAUUAACAAACAACAUUUUACCAUAAAGAAGAAUGAAUAUGAAAGUGAACUUCUGUUACAGUGUUAUUUUUAAGCAUAUAUUCAAUUUAACUCACUAAUAACAAACUUACCCUGCUUGCAUCUAUGUCCCCUUAGGAACUUUACUGCUCUCUCUGUAUAUAUUUUUAAAUAUCUCAUCGACUUUAUCUUUCCUCCCUCUUUUCUUCCUCAUCCCUUCCUCCCACCUUGAAAACUGCACACUCUUUUAAUGAAGCAAAACAUCCUGAAAUAA